GGGGGGGAAAUGAUUUCCAUGUAAAUAUAGGAAAUUUCUGCAGGGGAGGGGAGAAAAAAGGGCCCCAGCUACUGGUAUGUAAGGAACCUGUUAACAGGAAGUAUUGGGAUGUGAUAGAUAGAUAGAUAGAUAGAUAGAUAGAUAGAUAGAUAGAUAGAGGAGUGGGAGGAAAAGAAGGAAGGACGGGAUAAAUAAGGUAGCUGGGGAGGAAAGGAUAGAUAGAUAGAUAGAUAGAUAGAUAGAUAGAUAGAUAGAUAGAUAGAUAGAUAGAUAGGGAGAUUGAUGGAUAGAUAGGGAGAUGGAUGGAUGGAUAAGGGAUGGAAAGUAGGAGGAAAAGAAGGAAAGAGGAAAGGAAGGAAAAGAUAAAUAAGGUAGUUGGAGAGAAAAUGAGAGAGAUAGAUCUUAAUUCUCUAUUGGGGUGGGAAACCACAGAUGGAAACAGAAAAAAAAUAAUCUUUUUUUCACGUCUCCCUGUUAGAGAGGCCGUGAAUGGCUUUGGAUGCUGUACUGUAUUAGAACUGUCUUUAUUUGUGUUUGGUAAUGUGACUUUUUUUGGGGGGGGGGACAUAUUUCCCCCCCCCCUUUUAUUCCUCUUGGUUGCCUCAGAGAUCAGAGAAGGAAGGGCUUGUGGCAGGAAACACAUGGAGGAAGAUGAAGCAGGGAAAUUUCAGAACGAGGCUGUUUGCUUUGGGGAAAAUUUGGAGUUUACAUUGGAUCAGAACUGAAGGGAGGGAGAUGUUUUUCUGGAGACGUUAAUUCAACUUUAUCGUAGGCCAAAUUCUGUCAUUGUAGGAAGAAUAAUGAACCAUCCUGGUUCUGAACGAGGCCCUAAAGGCUAUUUAGAGGAGUAUGGUUUAUAAGGCAAGAAAAUGGUUCCUUGUGAUGAUGCAGUUAUUUCUAAUGUUUUGUUCUCUCUCUCAUCACCCUCCCUUCAUUCUUUCUGGGUAACACAUUGAGGUUGUGGUUUAUAUUACAGGAACCCAACUACACCCCAAAGGUCGCUGUUUUGAAUGGUUUCUGGCACGUUGUGUGAACCAAAUCAGGGUUGGAAUUGGUAACGCUAAGAUUCCUCAUGAAGGGCGAAACCCCCGUCAACAGCACAAUGAGCAUUGGCCAAGCCCGCAAGAUGGUGGAGCAGCUGAAGAUUGAGGCCAGCAUGUGCAGAAUAAAGGUGUCCAAAGCGGCCGCCGAUUUGAUGACCUAUUGUGAUGCCCACAUCUGCGAGGAUCCUCUCAUUAGCCCCGUGCCCACCUCGGAAAACCCCUUCCGGGAAAAGAAAUUCUUCUGCGCCCUGCUUUGAACUAUAUUUGCUCCCACCCACCCACCCCUCAUCCCCGACGCUGGGUUGUGUGUCCUUUUCCUUCACCCCCCCCCCUGCCCAUACUCAUCAGGCUGUAUGGAGUUGGGUUAAUGCAGAAUCCUUGGCCUUCAAGCUCCUAUCACUGGGGGCAGAGAAGAGGGGAGGGGGGGGUGUCUUCAGGGCAGAUCUAUUUUCUCCUGCAGAGACCCCCAACUCUUGAUUUUCCAAAAUGCUUCCAAAAUCAAGAAGCAGAUUCCCUAAUACAGAACAUCAGUGCCUCUUUAACAGCUCUAAGUCAGCAGCCACAGUUCCCCCUCCAGAUGGGGAGCUGUGCUUUGCUUGGUGGGGUAGACAAAGCAGGCAGCAAGAAUUGCAUCCACAGGCCCCUGGAUCUAACCUGGGGGGGGGGUCGUUCCGGUAUUGAUACCCAGCAUCGUUCCCACCAACUUCACCAUGGCUAAAAUUUAGCUCCGAAUCAAGGUUACUGAAGCCAGCCCUCUCUUCCUCCUCCUCCCCCCCAGGAAAGGCAGGUUUCCACAACAGGCCGAUGGUUCUUCUCACAACGUUUCACCUGUUCUGUAUGCCAGAGAGCACGGAAAGUUAAUAAAAUUUAUUGGAGUCCGUUA